CUUCUUUCUUUUUUUUUAUUAGAAAAAGAAAACAUAUUUACAUUUGUUUGAAUUAUACCUAAUAUGUCUUCCAACGCCCUUGUCGAUUUCUCGCAGUUGUCUCCAAAGUUCCGGGACCUUUACGCCAAGGCAAAGGUCUUUGUCGAGGAGGAAUGCAUUCCUGCAGAGAAGACCUACAAUCUGCAAAUGGGACAAGGCGACCAACGCUGGAAGGUUGUUCCUCAGGUUAUGGAGGACCUCAAAGUAAAAGCUCGUGCAUUGGGUCUGUGGAACUUGUUCCUUGGUCAAGACUAUGCCGAAGGCGCUGGUUUGACUAACCUCGAGUAUUCCUUGAUUGCCGAGUUGACUGGUCGCUCUCCCAAAAUUGCUCCCGAGGCAAUGAACUGCUCUGCCCCUGAUACUGGCAACAUGGAAGUCUUUGCCAAGUACGGAACUCCUGCCCAAAAGGCCCGCUGGUUGCAGCCCUUGUUGGAUGGAAAGAUCCGUUCCGCUUUUGCCAUGACCGAGCCUCUGGUCGCCUCUUCUGAUGCCACAAACAUUGAGACAAACAUCCGUCGUGAGAACAACGAAUGGGUCGUUAAUGGUCGCAAGUGGUGGAUAUCUGGCGCCGGUGAUCCCCGUUGUGCUGUAUACCUCCUGAUGGGCAAGACUGAUUCCGCAAACAAGAACCCUCAUCGUCAACAAAGCAUUAUUGUCAUUCCUGCUGAUACCAAGGGUAUUACCGUCGUCCGCCCCAUGCAAGUCUUUGGCUAUGAUGAUGCUCCCGAGGGACAUUGCGAGAUCGUGUUCAAGGACGUCCGUGUGCCUUUGGAGAACAUCAUUCUCGGAGAAGGUCGUGGAUUUGAAGUUAUUCAAGGUCGCCUUGGCCCUGGUCGCAUCCACCACUGCAUGCGCUGUAUUGGCAUGUCUGAGCGUGCACUCGAUCUGAUGCUGACUCGUGUCACUGAUCCCUCUCGCAAAACUUUUGGUAAGAUGCUGGCUCAGCAUGAUACUGUCAUUGCUGAGAUCGCCACCUCUCGUAUGGAAAUCGAACAGGCCCGUUUCAUGGUCCUCAAUGCUGCUAAAAAGAUUGAUGAAGUCAAGGCAAAGGGUGCCAUGAAGGAGAUUGGAAUGGCAAAGGUCAUUGCACCUAACAUGUUGUUACGUGUAUUGGAUCGUGCCAUGCAGGCCUAUGGUGCUGCUGGUAUUUCUCAGGAUACCCCUCUUGCACACUUUUAUGCCUCUGCCCGUACUUUGCGUUAUGCCGAUGGUCCCGAUGAGGUUCACCGUAACCAGUUGGGCAAGAUUGAAGUUCGCCGCGCAGCUGCUCUUACUGAGCAACAGAGAAUUCAGAAGGAUAAGGGCGACCGUCUUGCUGCUAAUGUUUCCAAGCUCUAAAAAAUGUAUAUGCUCUUGAUUUUUGUUAAAAGGUUUUGUUGUAAAGAAUCACUUUUAAUUCCUGCUCAGUAUAUAUAUAUGUAUAAAUAAGACCAUCUCGUUGGGAAUAC